GAUUCAGACAUUCAGUGCGUAUGGUGAUGAAUAUUGAAGCCAACAGCCGAAAGGAAACUUCAGACUAGGGUGUGAGACGGGUUUCACUCAUGUAAAAUAAAUAGACAGACACUCCCAGCUCUCUGCGCCCAGCACCCUGCUCUCUGCCGCUUCUUACUAAUCCAACCACCGCCGUUUCCUGGCCGGAGAUCGCUGCACCCAAAAAGAGAAGGAAGCAACCGGGAAUGGCACAGAGUAGUGCAGAAAUCAGCGCCCAGAGCUGUCGGAGGUGUCCGCUCCAGGCUCCAGGGGAAAGAGAGUACACGACUUUUAACGGCGCUUCCAAAUGGGUUCGUCUCAACGUCGGAGGAACGUAUUUUCUGACAACACGACAGACUUUGUGCCGGGAUCCCAAGUCGUUUUUGUACCGUCUGUGCCAGGCGGACCCAGAUCUGGACUCUGACAAGGAUGAGUCUGGUGCCUAUUUGAUUGACAGAGAUCCAGUGUACUUUGGUCCAGUUCUGAAUUACUUGAGACACGGCAAACUAGUGUUGAACAAAAACUUAACUGAAGAAGGUGCUCUUGAGGAGGCGGAGUUUUACAAUAUCACAUCAUUAAUAAAACUCAUCAAAGACAAAAUCAGAGAACGUGAUUCCAAAUCAGCACAUACUCCAGUAAAGCAUGUCUAUAGGGUUCUACAGUGUCAGGAAGAGGAGUUGACCCAGAUGGUUUCCACCAUGUCAGAUGGCUGGAAGUUUGAGCAGUUGGUCAGUAUUGGCUCCUCCUAUAAUUAUGGCAAUGAGGACCAGGCAGAGUUUCUGUGUGUCGUUUCCAAGGAACUGCACAACCAAUCAUACGGCAGUAACAGCCAACCCAGUGAGAAAGCCAAGAUUCUUCAGGAGCGAGGUUCUAGAAUAUGAACAUUCCAGCCAAGAAUCACACAAACAAACAACAUAUCAAUGUCUGAGUGAGACCAUUCCAGGAGCAUGAUCAGAACAUGCCACGGAUGGGCCCCACGCACACACACACACGCACACACACACACACGCUCACACACACGUGCGCGUGUGUAUUGUCCAAGUAGAGAACACACAAACCAACACAACAGCACGUUACCAGCACAGAUACAACACCACACAACUCCCACUUGUUCAUCUGUAGUUUUAAAUGAAUCUGUUUUGGUGCCUGUCCACCUGGGAUUGAAACUGGAUUUUCUCUAAAAGACAAAGAAUUUGUUCCAGUUUGUUGCUGGUUUUACAAAUCCAGCAGGUCAGACAAAAGCUUGACCAGUAAAUCUCUCUCAGGGAUCUGCUCUCAUGGUGUAAAGGCAAACACAGUCGCCUCACGUCUCAGUACCAAAACACAGCUACAGUAACACAAAUGCCUGCUGGUGGCGUGAGAGCAGCGCUUUCUUAAGGUGAUAAAUAUUUAAGACGUGUUUGAAACACAGUGUCUUGAAAUUUGCCUUGAGAACUCUGUCAGGAUGUCUGAGGUCUGUUUUUUUUUGGUGGUGUUGUUGGUUCUUUGUGUUCCUGUUUGUGGAUUACUGCUCAUACUUCAUAACAGCAUUGCCCUCAGGGUCUACCAGUCUCACAUUCAGAAAG